AUGGCAAUUACAAUUUCAGAAACUACGUUCUCCCAAAGCGGUCAGAACAAAAUACUGCGGAACCCAAAAUAUCCAAGCCACUUUGAAAGAGAAAUGAAGAGUAGUGUAAACAAACAGCCGUACGUUAAUCCAAAGAUCAAAACGGUCUCUGUCAAUGAUAAAGAGGAUGUCCUGAGAAAGUUGAAGUUAUUAUGUCAUUACGAAGAUGAACCUCAUAUGGCAAAUCUAGAAGAAAUCACAAAUAAGUGGAAACAAGCAGCUUGGGAUGCAUUACGUGAACUAAUUUCUUCUUUCAAAGAAGAAAUGACAGAAGAAGAAGUGCUAAGAAAAUUGGGAAUAGAUCCUGUUACAAUUUCAUUACAAUCAGAAAAUGUAUAA